CCGUUUUAUCGAACGGAAGGAGCUUGCAACUCAAACUUGUGCGCAGGAAGUUGGCCAGCCCCAAACCAAAAGGCUGUCUAAGGAAAAAAAAUGGCCAGGACGAAACAGUUUCCCAACGAACUCUGAAGGCAACAGUCGGAGUCAGUCGCACAAUCCGAGCUUCAAGCCAAAAGGGACCCGAGUCCCGAUUCUCGAUUCUCGCCUUUCGAGUCCCGAGGCGUCGAUAUGGCAACCAGGCCGGCAGGAAAAAGAGGGAAACCAGCGCAGUCCUCGUUCCAGGACCUUCAUUCGGUUCCUUUCGUCAGCCACUCGGUACGAUCCGAGGCGGCUUCGCGUUCGAUUUCGGUUUCGGCUUUCGAUGCAUUGCAGUUUUGAAGUUUCGAAUCUGUUGCCGCCGACUUGUUGGUUCAUUUGCAUAUCGAUCAUCGUCAAUCCAAGAAGUGCAUUCCGAACAGUCCCAGUUAUUAACGAUCAAUUAAUUGAGUUUUGAUAAAAGCCUUUUAAUAAUAGUGUUGCGCCAUCGCCUAGUGAAAAACAGAACUUUCUCGUCCUCCGACUAGUUCCACUUAAUUAAUUGUCCGGCCCCCAUGUUGAGAAUUUCAUCAGCUGGCCUGGACUGGACUGGGGGUUUAAAACGAAAAAAAACCUUUGUUUUUGUUUAUUUUCCACGGCACUCGGACUAAUAAAAAUGCAAUUUUUAUGGUUAAGAAAAUAGAGCGCGUGGCCGUUGCACAUUUGUCUGAUGUUGUGCAGAAGCCAGAAGAAAAUGAGGCUUGGAAAAUGGAAAAGUAACAACAGCCGCCAUACCAGCAGCAGCAAUAGCAUUGAGCUUGUGAUGUAAUCCAGAGCAAAAGUGAAGCGGCAAUUUGCUAUUGCAGAAAAAAAAAGAGAGCGAAAAAAGAAGAAAAAAAAUUAUUAUACAAUUUGUGUUGCUGCCGCACUGAACUAGGACAACAGCAACAAAGAUACAAGGUAGCAGCAACAGCAACAGCAAGAGCAGCAGCAGCAACACUGAUAAAGACCGGCUGGCAACAGAGAACGAGCUUGCAGCAGCAUAAUUUCAAAGUCGGAGCGUGGGAAUUGCAAAUCACACAAUAUCAACCGAGGCAGCAGCAGCAGCAGCAGCAACACCAACAUCAGCAACAGCAACAGCAGCAACAUCGGCAACAUCAAUACAUGCAAUAAUCAUUGCUUGUACGGCAGCAAUAGCUCGCUUCUCAGUGCUCUCUUCUCGCUCUUGGCGCUCGGGGCCGGCGUUGUUCCAUCUGCCUCGCACCCGUUCCACAGCCGUUCGUGAACAGUUCGCGUAUAUUUGGAGCCCGAGUGGAUACCGCUCACAGUUGUGCUUGGAACGCUUCGGAGUGAAGAUCGUGCUCGUCGAUCGGCGCGAAAAAAAGAAUUGAAAAAAUAUAUGAAUCGAAAAUCGUGAAAAACCAAAACCCCAAAAACCCAAACAAUUGACAAGUGAAAAAUAAAUUGUUUUUGAGAAAAUCACAAAAUAUCGCGCGUAAAUUAGCAAGCGUUCGCAAGAAACAAGCCAAACAGUAAAGAGAUAUAUAACAAAACCGAAAAAAUUGGCUGCAAAUGUGAAGAGUUGAGACAGCGGAUAUACCGAGUGAAAUUUGUGUCAUAAGCAAAGCCAAAAGCCAAAAAAUAAGCGUAAAGAAACAAAACCAAACUUAUAAGAGCGCACAGUGACUGUGAAACUGUAAAGUGAUGUGUGGCAGCAGAAAAACAGCAUAAAGAAUGGCCAUAGACCUCCUGAUCCUGGCCCUGCUGCUCGUCUCGUUCCUGAUCAACCUGCUGGCGCUGUGUGCCUUCUGGAUCACUCCCGGCCUCCGCACCACCGCCAAUCGGUUCACCAUCAACCUCUUGGCCAUCAAUCUGAUUGGCUGCUGCAUCUUGGCCCCAACCCUCUUCCUGGGCCUGCCCUCGAAAUCAGGGGAAUAUCCCGUCGCCGUUGCAGACUCUGUCGAGGUCUACUCGAAGCCUGGCAACCAUCAGAUCACCUUUCUGAAAAAUGGACAUGUCGUGGAGCAGGACGGCGUGGUGGUGCACCGCAACACCAGCGAUACCGGCGAUGUGGUGGAGACCUUCUUCAAGUGCAAUGAAACCUACUGCCGGGAGCUGACAAUCGACGAGCGCCAGGAUGGUGGCAUUGUAAUUACCGAGACGGAAACGCACGAGGAGAAUCUCUCGAUGUUCGACGGAGCACCGACUUCAGCUCCUUUGCUGCCGCCUGUCCAGCUGCGAUGCUGGUCCAUCGAUAUGACUGCUGCACUGGGAGCACUGGCCGUGCUCCUGGUAGUGGGUGAUACCUGGUGUGCCGUAACAGAUCCCCUGCGCUAUCACAGCCGGAUAUCCGGGGUGAAGACCUGGAUCUUUAUCGCCCUCACCUGGGCGGUGGGUAUUCUGUUUGGGGCUCUGUCGGCCUUCCGGGUCCUGGACUUUGAGGCGGACACCUUGCUGAGCAGACAACGCCGACUGGCAGCCACCUACUUCAACAUCAGCAGCACUAACAGCAUCUUCGGCGUGGUCUAUGCCAGCAUAUACUUCAUUGUCAUUAUCCUGCUGCCCUUUGGGUUUGUGUGCGGCAUGUACUGGAGGAUAUUCAGCGAGGCCCGAGGCAAUGGGCUGCGCAUGCGUCAGAAUGGCUCGUCGCCGCUCCUGCAGAGUGCACUCAACUUGAACGCCGGCCAGCAGGCGGCCCAGGGCAGUCAGUUCUCCAACAGCCUGUGCGUCCACCGCCACUCCAUCUCCUCGGCCAGCUCCCACGGUGGUACCAGCAGCAUGGGCAUUGGCAUUGGUGGCCUGCAGAUGCAAAUCGAUCAGCGCCAGCAACCCAGGAGCUCGCCCAGUUGCUUGCGUCGUGAUUCGGCAGCCAAGGUUCUUCUGCCCACCAUUUCCGAUGAUGGAGGCUCUGAUGCUGAUGCCGAGAGCGGUGCUGGAGAUCAGUUGAUGCCCGUACCGGAGCAGGACAGGAAUCAAAAUAUUCUGCUCACUCUGCAAACGGCCAGUGGGGAGAUCAAGCGUAACUAUUCGGCUCGUCAGUUGCCCCUGUUGGGCACAUCCUCCCAGGACCUGAGGGAGGCCCACCGCCUGCAGGGCAUCCGCCAGGUGCACAGCUCCCCCAACCUGCACAAGUACACGGAGCUGAGGCAGGACUCGUUGAGCGAGGAGUGUGGAUCGCCGCAUCUUUUGGGCCAUGAACAGCGGCAGCAACAGUUGCAGCAUCAGCAGUCGCAGCAGCAACAUACCCAGCCCUUGCAGCAUCACCACCACCAUCAGCUGCAGCACCAGCACUCCACGCCGACGCACCACCACCCGCACUUCAGCUCCCCGCGCCACCACGCCCUGCAAAUUCCCGCCAUCCACGCCUCCCCGAAGGCCCUGAGCUACAUGAGCUCCCUGCGCCAUCGGCUGAGCAACGCCAGCUCGCUCUUCAAGUACCGGGAGGAGUCGCGGGCAGCCAGGAUUAGCAUCCUCGUUGUGGUCAUGUUUGUUGUCUCUUACUUGCCCUUCGGCCUGCUAGUCCUGCUCCAGUCGCGCUUGUCGGCUGCCAACUUUGGCGGAUCCUCGCAGCUGGCCAUCUUCAUGAUCCUUCUGGCCAACAUCAGCUCGCCGUUCAUCUUCGCCUAUCGCAACAAGCGAGUUCGGCGGGGAGUGAAGCGCCUGUGCGGACUGGAAUCCUCGGCGGUAUUGCAGCGACACUGCAGCAGCAGUGUGAAGACUAACGGCGGCGGAGGCGCCACGUCUGGCAGUGGGGCAGCCCAGCUGCAGCGCAACAGCAGCAAGCUGUCGCAGUACAGCAGCAACAGCUGUCGCUACCUGACGCCCCAGAGCUCCUUGGUUAGCCAAGUGCCGGUGCACACCACCCUCACCCUGAGGCCCAACAGCAGUUGCAGUACCAUCAUUAACUUUGGAGCCACCAAGGGUUCGGCGGAGUCCGAAGACCUGCCACCGGCUUCACCACCACCACUUACUACUGCACCACCCGUCCGACCGCAGCGACCCAAGCUGCAACGGGGCAUCACAAUUGUGGAGCACAUCGCCAUUACACCGACGAUGCCGCAAAAGUUCCAGAGCCGGCGGGGCAGAUUCUUUGACAUGUUCUUCCGCGGCUCCAAGAAGCUGCAGACGAGCUGUCAGGGCCAAAGCUUGCCCACAGAGGUCUAGGGGGUUAUUGUUUAGAUUUUGAAACAGAAUCAGAAACAGAAAUAGUUACAGUUACAGUUACAGUUACAGUAAACUAAACUAAACUCGCUUGCUGAAGAAUUCUAUGAAACAGUAUUCGUAAUUUGUAAGUUAAAUGUUAAACAAAGACAAGGGUUUGAAUUUUGAGUUUUAAGACAAGAUCUUGCUGUCCUAGAAGCUUCUCAUGCCAAAAACAAAACACAAAAGAACAUAAACGUAGUCAAACCAAAUAGUUUGAGAUGCUUUUAAUAUAAAAAAUAAAAAAAUGAGGAAAAAUUAACAAAAAAAUAACAAGUACCUUAAUGAAUACAAAACAAAUAGCAACAAUUGUGUACAAGUCAAAUUAACAAACAAACAGAAAGAGAGAGAGUAGGGAUAAUUAUUCUUAUGCUGGAUAUCAAACUGGAAAGUGGAACCAAGCCAAGUCGAGAUCGUAAUCAAUGUACCUAAGCAACAAACAAACAUAUGAACAUUUAAUGUUUUUACUCAAAUCGAUAAUGAUUGCCACAAAAUAGCAAAGACAGCACAGUUAUUUCGAGCUCCAAACUAAUUUAUUAUUUAUUGUAAUGCAAUUCUAGGCAAUUGCACUCUGUAGAUACACAAACACACAUAUAUAGAUAUAUAUAUUUAUUAGACAUCCACACCGAAAAGCUUUAACUCCAAAAACAUUCUGGCUAAAAGGAGAAAAUGCAAAGAAGACGAAACGCUAAACAUUCAUUCAUACGUUAAUUAAGUAAAUGUGCAAAGCAUAUGUGUAUUCUAGCGCCUAAGUAGCCGAGUAGUUCUAGAAACCCAAAAAAAAAAAAAUACAAAACAAAAAACAAGAUAUCCGAGCACAUAGUGCCGGGAAGUGCUUUUCGAACCAUUUUGGCCAACUGGAACGGGCCGUGCAGGCCGCAUUUUCACAUUGAAAACGCGCCAGCCAGUGCACGGGCCGCUCAUAGUUGGCCAGAAGUCAUUUAGCCUUCUCAGUCAGCGAGUAAGCCACUAACGGGCGCACUUCUCUUAAGCUGGCCGUAAAGUCAAUUUGCUUUCGUAGAACUCCGGGCGUUGCGUGCAGCUAAAUACCUCAUUAGAUUUAAUUUAAAGUGCGAUACGGACGGCGGCAAUAGGUCAAAAGUCAGAGCCGAGCCAUCAUGCAUUAUGCAAGCCCUGGCCCUGGCAUUUGUCUCAUUUCGCCGCUCCAGGCCAGAAAGCUUUAUACUUUAGGUUCUCCCUUGCCCUGCUUUUGAUUUUCCUUUCCGUAGCUUUUCCUAGCUAGCCCUUUGGACAUAAAGAAACAGACACACAUGUGAAGACACUAACACACACCACUCACAAAAAAGCAACAAAGCCAACCUCGAAUUUAUAUUUCUAAAAAGUUUAUAUCUUACAGAGUGUGUGCAUAGGAGAUACAAAUGUAUCUAUAAAUAUUUAUGCAUCUGUGUCGGACAAGGGAAAUAUUUCAAAACCAAUUAUUGUGAUGUUGAGCAAGGGGGACGGGGAAGAGAAGAAUGUAAUUUCGAAAUGCAUUAAAAAUAACUUAAAAAAUAUGUAUUAGUAGUUUUACUAUAAAUAUAUAUAUAUACACGAUUAUACAUGCAUAUAUAUGUAUACUUUACUAAAUAGUGAUAUUUUUUCAAGUCUAUUCAACUGUCAUUCGCUAAAACCAUUUAUUGUAAAAGCAAAGCAAAUGUAAAACCAAUUUAAAGUUCGAUGUGACAAAUUAGCUUUUAAUCCGAAACCGAAUCCAAAUCCGAAUUGAAAAUGAAACCCAAAAUGCAACUCUGAUGAAAAUUAACAUCCCCACUAACUGGCUACCGCGAGUCUAAAUCGGUAUUUUCUAGCUAUGCUGCUAAUAAAUUUAAAAAAUGACAAAAAAAAUGAAAUAAAUGAAUAAAAAAUACAAAAAAACCAUACCAAACAAAAGAAAGCAAGAAACUAUUCAAAUAAAAGAUUAUGUGUCUUAAAAGAAUUAAUUAUUAUGACUUUUUACUGCGGGCAGUUCAAUUGGUUCAAACCCACACAGAUCUCUGGGGAGACAGCACAUCGGCGGAGGCUGUUCUACGAUUAUUAGAAGUCCGAGCCACUGCCACAACUCUUCGAGGGAAUGUAUCGAUCCAACCUUCUUCGACAAGUUCCACGACAAGAGCUCUAGAACACGAACAAACACUUAACCAGACCAAAAGGCGCACAAAUUCAGCAUUUCAUUCAGCACCCAUGCCCGUUCUUUUUUAAUUGAUUCAUAAACCGAAACGAAGCAUCUGAAUAAAAAGUAUAGAAUUUUUUGUUCGGUCUGAUUGUGGCAAUCGCGUGUUUCAUUUCAAAAUGGAAAUGAAUUGUACCGGCUCCGUAAAUUGUAGAAACCAUUUGAAUGUCACAAUUGUGGGCAAUUCACGAGGCGGAGGAGUGGAUUGGGGUCUUCUCUAUAUGGGAGUCGGUGAUUGGUACGAGUUCGAGUGCCAACGGGUUUGCUACUUAGAACUCGACCACUGAGAUCAAACAAUCGGAUAGUUCGUAUUUGGUGGCAUUAGGCUAUGGACUAUAUAGGCUUAUGGGCCAACGGGGCGUAUGGGCGAUGCAGUGAAGGGGCUCCAGCCAUUGGCGUGACUAAUCGUUUGGCACCGGGUCCAGUAUCAAAGAGCCGUGUCUUACCUCAACACCUGACUCACACCUCCCCAGUGCUCUGGGCAAGUCCAAGUCCACUCAAGACAUCGGGCAGGCGGGUCUGCCAUGUGAUAAGUGCGACUGAUAUUCCAUAUAGGCACGCUAAUUUCUGCAGCAAUGCGGUGACAACGAAACGUCUGUUUGGUAUUUCAGCAGAAAAAUGCGGCUGUACGGCGGCAUCAACAUAAACAAAAUCAAAUGCCCCACUGGAUAACUGGAGACCGAGACCCCAAACGUAGACCGGGUAUCUGGCGGAUGCGUAGCUGUCCCUCAGCAAAUCGGUCACUGCUAGCGUCGCACUUAUUUAUUUAUUUUAUGAUUCACUGCGCUCCUCGCUCCAUGGUGCGUUAAAUUUUCCUCGGUGAGGCCUCUGACAUUUCUAUACAUCAGUCAACCGGUAGACUUGAUGAAUAUAAAAAAAGAGACUUCUCUUGUUCGCCAAUUGUGGUCCGAAAAUAGAUAUCCAGUUUUAAACGCGACAGCGGUGUGAACAAAUUGACUAAAAUAUCAGAGAUUGAAUUAGCAUUUAUAUUAGCUAUUUUCUUAAUUAGAUGCAUGGUCUCUCCAACUGAGUUUAACUCGAAUAAUUGAGCGGCAGUGAGAAGUGCCCUUGACUUGAAUUGUCUGCCACAAAGGUGUACAAGAGCUGUUAGGACAAUUAAAAAACAAUUCAUAUUUAUUUGCUUUUCUUAUGGCGUUGCAACUGCCAUUUUUUUUAUUAUUUUCCCGCUAUGAGUUACCUCACCAACCAUUACCCAAAAUGUCAACUUGCUUCCGUGGUGUGAAGCCAUAAAAGUAUUAAUUUGAAUAGCUGUAUAAUUAAAAAAAACUUAAACAAUAUUAAUAAUCCAUUUUUGUCCUCCCAAACUGGCUGAGUAAGAAUGUGACAAAACAAAAUAAAAACUGCCAAAUGUCAUUAGAACAAAUACUGAAAUGUUUGGCACAGAGGCACAGAUUUCGAGAUACCCCCUCCGUGUUUCCCAACCAAGAUGACAAGAUGGCUAAGCAAGCCAAAAGAAAUAAAUUGGAUUUAAACGCUAAAAACUGCCGAGAGUCAGGUGAAGAGCAGAACCGAGUGUGUGUGGGAGGACAGGCUGCUGUCAUCUUAAGCAAAUUUGUCGAUUAGGCAAGAGGAAAUCAUUUUUGGUCCGCGACAAUAUACUGCUUUUUCUCGAUGCCUCCCUCGACUCGACACGUCAGUGCCCCGUGAUGCUGGCCCCAAGACAGGUCGCAGACUGGAAAACUAACAACCGAGAAGAUAAUCUAAACGACAAAGCCAAUGCACAAAAUACCGAGUUUUUAAAGGAAAUGAAGUGCGCUGAUUGUACGAGAUUUCAUGAUAAAUGCAAAAUUUUAGAGGAUGCCGAAGGAUUUAGAUGUGAGGAUCCAUCCGAUAAUGCGCUUAUAGCUUUCGCCCCAGGACAAAAUAAGUCGCUUGAACACCUCAGUGACUGCAUGCUCAGGGGCUAUAUUUUCGAACGCGGGUGUAAUGGAUAUAUCAGGGACUUGCUGUUUCUGGUCCAAAAGAACGGGCUGUCAAAUGGUAAUGAAUAAAUACCGCAAUACGUCGUGCAAUAUGUGUGCAGUGUAUGGAAAAAUUGGAUCACCCUAUCGCCCUGGAUGUCCUUGUCAACCGCUUGAACGUUCCAAACAGAUGAUUAGUGCUGCAAGAAGACGUACUUUGAAGUCAUUACCGUUCUUAUUAUUCGCCAGUUGGUUGUCCAUUUUGUCCCUACAUUUUGUAUACUACGAAACGAAAUUUUAGUACAACUUGUAUGCAAUUUUAAAAAAGUAAUACUUUAAUAGAAAAGAAUACGAUUAAAAAUUUGGAAAAUUAGUCUGAAUAACGAAUAUA